GGGCUGGCGGGGCUUUGUCAGUGAGGCGGCCACAGAAGCAGCAGCAGCAGCAGCUAUCCUGCGCGGCGGGCGAGCGGGCUCCGGCUCCUUCUCUCCUCGACAGCGGCCGGUUCUUUCCCCAAGUCCCGCAGGGUGCGACUGGGUACACACGACCCGCCCGUCGUCGUCCCCCCAACACCGGCUGCCGCGCAGGGUAGGAGAGGCUGCUGCUGCUGAAGAACAAGAAGCCGCCACCGCCGCAGUCUGAGUUUUCACUGAAAAUCACUUUGGUGGUAUAACAACAUCAAGCAAGAUGAAUGACUUCAGUGGUGAGGAAUUCAAUUUUUCUUUCCUUGACGAAGGCUUUACUGCAAAGGAUAUCCUAGACCAAAAAAUAAAUGAAGUUUCUUCCUCGGAUGAUAAAGAUGCAUUCUAUGUUGCUGACCUUGGGGAUGUUCUCAAAAAACAUUUGCGGUGGUACAAGGCCCUCCCUAGGGUAUCUCCUUUCUAUGCCGUCAAAUGUAAUGAUAGCAUAGCUCUAGUGAAAACUCUGGCUGCUCUUGGGGCAGGAUUUGAUUGUGCCAGUAAAACUGAAAUACAGCUGGUCCAGAGUGCUGGUGUGCCUCCAGAGCGUAUAAUAUAUGCAAAUCCAUGCAAGCAAGUCUCUCAAAUUAAGCAUGCUGCAAACAAUGGUGUGCAGAUGAUGACAUUUGAUAGUGAAGUUGAGCUGAUGAAAGUUGCAAGAGCCCAUCCAAAAGCAAAGCUGGUCUUGCGCAUUGCAACAGAUGAUUCAAAGGCAGUUUGUCGCCUAAGUGUUAAGUUUGGAGCUACACUAAAAACCAGCAGGUUGCUGCUUGAACGAGCAAAAGAACUUGAUAUCGACAUAAUUGGAGUGAGUUUCCAUGUUGGAAGUGGCUGUACAGAUCCUGAGACGUUUGUGCAAGCUAUUUCUGAUGCCCGUUGUGUCUUUGAUAUGGGAGUUGAGCUUGGUUUCAACAUGUACCUGCUUGAUAUUGGUGGUGGUUUCCCUGGCUCCGAAGAUGUGAAACUUAAGUUUGAAGAGAUAACUAACGUAAUCAAUCCUGCCUUGGACAAGUAUUUUCCUUCUGAUUCUGGAGUGAGAAUUAUUGCAGAGCCUGGCAGAUACUAUGUUGCAUCAGCUUUUACGCUUGCUGUUAAUAUCAUUGCAAAGAAAGUAGUAAUAAAAGAACACACCGGAUCAGAUGAUGAAGAAGAACCAAAUGACAAAACUCUUAUGUACUAUGUAAAUGAUGGGGUUUAUGGCUCUUUUAACUGCAUCCUGUAUGAUCAUGCACAUGUCAAACCAGUUUUGCAAAAGAGACCUAAGCCAGAUGAGAGGUACUAUUCCUGCAGCAUAUGGGGACCAACCUGUGAUGGCCUAGAUCGCAUUGUUGAGCGCUGUGGCUUGCCAGAGUUGCAGGUUGGGGACUGGAUGUUGUUUGAAAACAUGGGUGCCUACACAGUGGCAGCUGCUUCUACUUUCAAUGGAUUCCAGAGGCCAACAAUACACUAUGUAAUGUCAAGACCAGCAUGGCAAUUGAUGCAGCGGAUAAAGGAGCAAGGUUUUCAAGCUGAAGUGGAAGAGCAAGAUGUCACUUUGCCACUCUCAUGUGCCUGGGAAAGUGGGAUUGAACACUAUCCAGGAGCUUGUGCUUCAGCUAGCAUUAAUGUAUAGAUACAGUUUUGGCUAACAUGCAAGUUUAGGAAUGGAUUUUUAGGGCUUUUGGGACCAUUAACUUAAUUCUUGCUAGAAUUUUUAAAUGUUUUUGAAUGGCUAGGGUGGCGUAAAUGUAACUGAAUAGACAACUAGGAGACGGGGAGGUCACAUUUAUCUGUGUUCCUAUGGAAACUAUUUGAAUAUUGUUUUAUAUGGAUUUUUAUUCACUUCUCAAGUAUACUACUAAAACUGAUCCUUUCUGUCUGUCAAGCAUUGUAGCUUGCAUAUCUGGCAGAAUGGUCUGGACGUAGUAUUGUGACCUGACUGUUUUACAAUAAAGUCUAUUGAAAUAAC